CGCCCCUUCCCUAAGGCCGGGAGGUGGACGAAGCUCAGCUCCAUCUCCAGGGUAACGGAGCGUCCGCCGGCUUUUACUUCCAGCCGAGCGGCAGUACGCUCUCCCUCUCGCGCUUUCGCCCGUUCUUCCCAGGCCCCGCCCCUUUUACGCCCGCAGCGGCGAAACGCGGGAGACCUGAUUCUAGCUCCCGAGUCCUCGGAGCGGCUCGGGGCGGCGCAGUGCGCAGGCGCGAGCGUUUGGGUCUGGCCGCGCGCGGCGCUUGGUUGAAGCCCGAGUGAGUUCCUGGGCGCGGAGACCCGGCAGCGGGCGACCGAGAGAGUAGGAGACCGAGCGCCUCCUCGGCCGUCAUGGCAGCCCUGCGCUACGCUGGCCUGGACGACACGGACAGCGAGGACGAGCUGCCCCCGGGCUGGGAGCAGAGAACCACCAAGGACGGCUGGGUUUACUACGCCAAUCAUGCUGAGGAGAAAACCCAGUGGGAACAUCCAAAGACUGGAAAAAGAAAACGAAUAGCAGGAGAUUUGCCAUAUGGAUGGGAACAAGAAACUGAUGAGAACGGACAAGUUUUUUUUGUCGACCAUAUAAAUAAAAGAACCACCUAUUUGGACCCGAGACUGGCAUUCACGGUGGAUGAUAACCCUACGAAGCCAACCAGCAGGCAGAGAUACGACGGCAGCACCACCGCCAUGGAGAUCCUCCAGGGCCGCGACUUCACCGGCAAAGUGGUCGUGGUCACUGGAGCUAAUUCAGGAAUAGGGUUUGAAACUGCCAAGUCUUUUGCCCUCCAUGGUGCCCACGUGAUCCUUGCCUGUAGGAAUAUGACAAGGGCCAAUGAAGCUGUGUCGCGGAUUUUAGGAGAAUGGCACAAAGCCAAGGUAGAAGCAAUGACCCUGGACCUUGCUCUGCUCCGUAGCGUGCAGCAUUUUGCUCAAGCGUUCAAGGCCAAGAAUCUAUCUCUUCACGUGCUUGUGUGCAAUGCAGCGGCUUUUGCUCUACCCUGGAGCCUCACCAAAGAUGGCCUGGAGACCACCUUCCAGGUGAAUCACCUGGGGCACUUCUACCUUGUCCAGCUCCUUCAGGAUGUCCUGUGCCGCUCCACUCCUGCCCGAGUAGUUGUGGUCUCGUCGGAGUCCCAUAGAUUCACAGAUAUUAGUGAUUCCUCGGGAAAACUGGACUUCAGUCGCCUUUCUCCAUCUAAAAAUGACUACUGGGCCAUGCUGGCUUAUAACCGGUCCAAGCUCUGCAACAUUCUCUUCUCCAAUGAGCUCCACCGCCGCCUGUCCCCACGCGGGGUCACGUCCAACGCCGUGCAUCCUGGAAACAUGAUGUACUCCUCCAUUCACCGCAACUGGUGGGUGUACACGCUGCUGUUUACCUUGGCCCGGCCUUUCACCAAGUCCAUGAUGAACACGUUUCUAUUCUUUAAUCCCCUCUCCAAGUCUCGUGUUAACUCCAUCUGGACAAAGCGCUGAGGUGUGCUGUGUGUACAGCUUCCUCCGAGCUGAAUGCCAUAGUCGCCCGAGAGUCACCCUGCGGCGUCCGGACAGCAAGGAGCAGGUUUUCCUCUUGAGUGACGAGAGCCUUACGGUGCCGAAUUCAUCGCGCUGGCCUGAGAAGGCUCGCCUGGAGAUCGCACGCGCCGCCCCACAUCUCCAUGACCGUCCGCUCCCGGACCUGCCUUCUCCGUGGCAACGGCAGCAUUUCCUUCGUGUCUCCCCUAGGCCAGGCAGGGCAUAGGCUGAGGGCUUUGCAGGCUUUAUUCGACUUAAUGACAAUACCCCCAUUUGGCAGAUGAGAGGACGGAGGUUCAUGGACUUUUCAGAGCUGAGUAGCUCUAAGUUUUAGACAUUUCAGCCCAGGUGAUGAUAGCAGAGACUUUGUUCUUAACUACGGAAUACUGCGUGUGCUCUGGGGGUUUGUUUUGGUUUUGGAUAGAAAAGAGAGAAAGAGGGGCACCUGGGUGGCUCAGUCGGUUAAGCUACUGCCUUCAGCUUGUGUCAUGGUCCCAUGACCCCGUGAUCAUGGCAUCAUUCCACCCCAUGAUUGAAUCCGGCAUCGGGAUCCUUGCUGAGCCGGAGCCUGCUUCUCUCUCUGCCUCGGCCUGCUUGUGCUCUCUCGCUUUCUCUGACAGAUAAGUAAAUAAAUAAAACCUUUAAAGAGAGAGAGAGAGAUCCCAGUAUUUUUCUUCUUGAGACAUCCUUUUCCAAAACUCCCUCCCAGUCUGUGGACUGCGUGUGUAAUCUCCGACCCAGAUGCAUUACAGAGUGUGUGUGCGUGUGUGUAUGUGAGGGGGAGAGAGAGAGACAGAGGGAGGGAGAGAGAGAGAGAGAGAUGGGUGGGGCACGGGGAGUUAGUGGUUACUUCCUUGAAGAAAAGGGAGAACAGUAGAUUGCUUUCAGUAUUCGUUCCUGCCAAAGCACAGUGGCAUGUCAUUGUUCCAAGAGGAAGGGGCUUGUCUUAUCAGCUCCUGAUGAAAUAGGAUAUUGGGUUGGAAAGCUAAGUUAUAGCGGGUGCACUUGAAUUCGAGAGGGAGACACAAAGCAAAAACCCUGGCUCUUCAAGGUCUAUUUUUUCCCUCUUCGGGCAUACCACACGCAUACAUAUGCAUACACAGGUUUUUGGUAUUAGGAUUUGUGGAUUUCUAAACCCAUAAAUGAUAAAACUUAACAUGACUUCCAUUAAUGUGGGGUAAAAAUUUGAGCUAACAUCCUUUAUGCUUGGGUUAUGCUUUCUGUAAGCAUUUUAGUAAUAGUUCCUCUUAAGACACUUGGCAGUGAAGGGUGCCUGUGUGGCUCAGUGGGUUAAAGCCUCUGCCUUCAGCUCAGUUCAUGAUCUCGGGGUCCUGGGAUCGAGCCCCACAUCGGGCUCCCUGCUCAGUGGGGAGCCUGCUUCCCCCCCCCACUCUCUCUGCCUACCUCUCUACCUAUUUGUGAUCUCUGUCUGUCAAAUAAAUAAAUAAAAUCUUAAAAAAAAAAAAAGACACUUGCAGUUAUGAAAUUGGGACUUUUCAAAAGAAUUCUAAAAUCCAAAAUCUGCAAUUACGGUGCCCUGGACUUUGGGAAACAGAGAAAGUUGGCACCUUUGCAGGGAGCCAGGCGUUCACAGUCAUGGGUCUGAGUGUGUCCUUGGAUUCCAGUGUGCAUUUCCCCAGGGCCUGGUAGCGGAAGGCUGAGGGGCUGCUCUGGAGGGAGGUGUUUCCACCCUAUCCAAGCCCUUCUCCUAAUUCUACCCCCACUUAACUUCCUCCCAGACAAGAAGGGGAGGGGGUAGGGUGGUAGCAGUCACUAGAGGACAAUGAGAAGAGACCAGAUGAGACUGAAGUUUUUAUUUCCAGCUGGGAGCGACAAUACCCACCCCAAAAUGGCAGAGGCAGAAUGGGGAGUUAAUGCGUUCCCAAAAUUGGGAAGCUUGGAGGGGUAGAUCUGUCACUGUCGGGCCCAGGCGAUCAAACGGCUCUGGCAUGAUUGUUUCUCUCCGUCCUUCAGCUGAGCUUUGCUCUGUGUCAUCUUCAUUUUCAGGCAGUGUCAGCCCAGGAGGGCAGAGAUGCCCAACAUGGGGCCGCAUCCUUCACUUUCAAGUGGCUGGUGGGAAAGGUGUGUGUUGGGCUCCUUCUGGAGAGCUCCAGUGGGAGUCCCGUGCCUGACUCUCAUUGGCCCUCAGCGGGCCACAUGUCAGCCGCCGAGCCAAUCCCUGCGGCCCUGGCCCCCUUCCAGCUGGAGGAUCACGUCACUUGACACAAGCUGCACAGAUUGUGAGAAAUGGUGCAAAGCAGGCACGCCAUCUCUGGGAAAAGCGGGAUGUGUGUUAGAAAGAUGAAAACAGCAGACCUCCGUUAACAGCAGCUAUGGUGCUACUGCUCUACCCAUUCCUAGAGACCAUGAAAAUCUUACUUGAUGUUGAUCUUGCUCUAGACUCACCCCCACUAGAACUGGAGACUAUUGCUCCCAGGAGAGACUCGUUUCUUGUACGGGGAGUCAGAGGAUGGAGAGUCAGAGGAUGGAGAGUCAGAGGAAGGGGCCCCAGACAUGGGCCCAUGGAAGCGGGUGGAGAGAGGAGAGAGGGGCGUGCACUGAGUCCUGAUGGAGUCCAGCCAGCAUUGUAGAUGGCAGGGACGGUCUGACAGGACAAGAGGCAGUCCCUGGCCUAAGCAUGCCAAGGGCGAGUAGCAGCAUCCUUGCUAUGGAAGGAGCCAAGGCACAGCUGAAGCCAGCAGGGAGAUGUGGAGAUGGUUUUCAAACUACAGCCAAAGUGAUCGUCUCGAAACUCAGAUCUAAGUGUGCUGUUUCUCCUCCUUCUACCCCCAAUUAAAUCACACCAAUAAGAUUCUAUAGCUGUUAGGAUAAAGACAGACCCCUGAACAUAACCUGCAAUCCGUCCACACACACACACACAUAUCCCCGCUGUGAUCUAGCCCCUCCCUAGUCUCAUUGCUCAUGGCUCUCUCCUUAAUUCUUUGCCCUACCAUGCUGACUUUUUCCUAGUUUCUGGAACGUCCCCCUCUGCCUCCCACCACAGGGCCUUUAUGCAUGCUGGUUUCCCCUUCUUUGUCUCUUCUCAUUUUGUAGGUUUCUACUUAAUUUUCACUCCCUCUGGGAAGCCUUCCUGGACAGCAUUAAACCUCUUAUAAGUUCUCAUAGGUCCACACAUUUCCUCUUGAGAACAAUGCUGUGAUUUUGCAUAUAUUUUUGUUCCCUUAUCAAUUCCCAUUUUUUCCACCAGACUUUGAGUUCCAUAGGCCAGGUGUCACCGGUGUCUCCCUCAUGCCCUAACGAGGGCUCAUCAGUCAAUAAAUAUUUAUGGAAUGAGCUAGUGAAUUAGGUUGUGCUUCUAAGGUACUUUUUGGGCUUCCAGAAUAAUUCUGGCAUUGCAGAGGGAAGCAGGAACCAAAGAGAAAGCUGGAUCAUGGCUGCAUGGGCCAGCAAAGGUCCCCAAAUAUUCAUGAUGAAUCACUCAUUGCCAUGCUUUUGCUUUGUCUCCUAGGGACUUUUUUUUUUCUUCCAGUAGUAGUUGGUGGUGGUGGUAGUGGUUGUGGUGAAACUGACCAUAUGCUGAACCACUUGGUUCACUUGAACCACAC